CGUUGGCCACGCCUUCGGAGGCUCCGCCCCUGUCGCCCGGAUCCCACCCCUCUGCUCGCAGGACCCCGAACCCCAAUGAUCCUGCAGCAACCCCUGGAGCGAGGCCCCCAGGGUCGGGCCCAGCGCGACCCGCGGGCCGUCUCAGGGGCGUCCCGAGGCCUGGACGCGAGGUCUCCAUCAGACUACCUCUCCUCUGAAUAUCCCAGCCUGCCUGCCUCCCCGUCUCUCCCCAGGGAGCCCCUGCGCAAGCAGUUCCUGUCUGAGGAGAACAUGGUCACCCACUUCUCUCGACUCAGCCUGCACAAUGACCACCCUUACUGCAGCCCCCCCAUGGCUUUCCCCCCAGCUCUGCCCCCACUCAGAAGCCCUUGCUCUGAGCUGCUUCUCUGGCGCUACCCUGGGAACCUGAUCCCUGAGGCGCUCCGGUUGCUGAGGCUGGGGGACACCCCCACCCCCCACUACCCUGCAACCCCAGCUGGGGACAUAAUGGAGCUCUGAGUGCUGGGGGGCAGUGCCCCUGCCCACCUUCCUUCUUCCCCACAACAGGGGAGGCCAGCACUCCCACAAAGGGACCAGCUGCCCUGCUUUUCCUCCAGACCAGGCCUCUGGGCACCAGGACCUUCCCCCAACAGAGGACACUGAGCCCCACGGAGCCCUGGGGUGGGAGGGGCAGGAGCAUGGGAAGGGAGCCGUGCCCUCCCCAGAGAACUGAAUAAAGAUUGCUGAGCAA